AUGGGUCUUGCAGGCACAAAGGUGCGUCGGAAACUCGAAUUCGACCCGAACAACACGAAAUGGAGUCGCGACGAGACCACCUUCGGCCAGAAGAUCCUACGAGCCCAGGGAUGGGAGCCCGGCAAGUUCCUCGGCGCCCAGGACUCCUCGCAUUCCCACCUGCACUCCGCCGCGAGCUCGGCGCCCAUCAAGAUCAACCUGAAAGACGACAACCUCGGUCUCGGGGCGAAACCCCGCCAGAAGCAGAGCGACGAGUGCACCGGACUGAAUGGCUUCGCCGACCUUCUUGGCAGGUUGAAUGGCAAGUCUGAUGCGGUCAUACAGAAGGAGCAGCAGGUGCGCUCCGAGAUCAAGACGAGCUUGUUUGUGGAGAGGAGGUACGGGGCCAUGAGGUUCGUCAGCGGCGGUCUUCUGGUGGGCGACCAGAUGAAGCCGAAGGAGACGGCCAGUAAAUCCGCCGACUCAAAGUCCUUGGAGAAGGCGAUCAAGGAGGAGUCGAGCUCAGCGGAUGUUGGUGCUGAGCCGGCGAAGAAACAGAAGAAGGAAAAGAAGUCCAAGAAGCGGAAAGCGGAGGAAGCCGGUGAUGCUGGUGUUUCUGAUGUUUCUGUUGAGAAGAAACGGCAGAAGCGGUCACGAGACGAAGACUCCCCGAAUGCUGAUUCAGGUGCGGAGAGUCCCAAGAAGAAGAAGAGAUCAAAGGACCUGAAGGCAGUCGAGGACGAGACAGAGCCAAGCAAACCCAAGAAGAAGAGCAAGAAGUCGAAAGACGUCGCCGCGCAAGUCGCCCAAUCCAACAUACCCAACGAGGACGACGCCAAAGCAGAGAAGUCCAGGAGGAAGAAGGAAAGGAGAGAGAAGAAAGAGAAGAAACGGCAGCAAGCCGCCGCAUCGGACUCCUCGACAGAGGCUACAACCUCGACUCACACGAUAGCUACCGCGCUGGAAGAGAGCGGCUCGUCGACCCCAGUUGCCAUCGGCACUUCUACUCCGCAGCCCCUUUCCAACCGGCAUUUUGCACGAUCGCGUAACAUUGCCUCCAAGAGAAUGGCAUACACAGAUCUGGCGGCAUUGAACCAGAUCUUCAUGGUGAAACCAGUGUAA